UUUUUCUCUUUUCAAAGCCAUGGAGAAGGGUAAGGAGAAGGUAACAUGGAUGAAAUUGAAGACGGCGCCUCUUAAUUCCGAAAAGAAUCUCUCAAAAGUCAAGAAUGCUCUUUGCAGCUUACCUCAAGUAAGAGACCAAAAGUUUGAUGAAGAAAACAACACAGUGACAAUCAAAGUGGUUUGCUGCAGUCCUGAGAAAGUCAUGGACAAACUCUGUUCCAAAGGACGUGGAGCUAUUAAGCUCAUCGAAACCAUCGAUCCGCCCAAACCUGCGGCCCAAAAGCCCAAAGAACCUGAGAAGUCCAAGGAAGCUGAAAAGCCCAAAGAAGCAGAGAAGCCCAAACCAGCACCAGCUCCAGCUCAAGCCGAUCCAAAUUCUCAACGCGUGAUACAUGGGUAUAAUCCCCCGUCGAUGAUGGGCCAGCCGGUGCCUUGGUCUGAUGGGCCUAACUACGGAUGGUCCCGACCCAAUGGAUAUGAUGAAAGGCCCAUUUCCGAUAGUUAUGGAAGUUGGCAACCACCACCAUUGCAAUAUGGAUAUGGUGGCAGAUCACAUUACCAAGAGGAAUCGUCGUGCUCCAUCAUCACAGCAGAGAAGAAGAAGAAGAAGAAGAUCAAGAUCGCAGCCAUGUUUCCAGGAAUGUUCAUGCGAAAGCCAGACAAAGCCGUGGCUCUGAAGCAGCUACGGACCCAUGUGGCUCUUUUUGGCGGCUGGGUUGUCAUUGUCCGUGCUGUUCCCUACGUCCUCUCCUAUUUCUCCGAUUCCAAAGAUGAGCUCAAGAUCGAGUUCUAAGGCUCUUUGAAUUUUCAGGGUUGAAGCGGUGAGAUAGAUGCAGCAUGAAGCAAUGGAAGAUAUUGUGUUUGUUUUUGCAAUCUUCUUACUCUAUGACCUGAGAUAACGAAAUCAUGAGACAUUUAGUUAUAUAGUGGUGUACUUUUGGCAGUUGUUUUUGUUUUAUGUUCUUCUCACCAACGUUCUCCUCCAAUUUCCAGCAAAUAACCUUCGGCUAUUGCA